CGGUUAUUUCUGUGUUCUGCUUCUGUUUCUGUUUAUGUUUGUUUCUUGGUGAGACGGUAAAAAUGAUGAACAUGCAGUGUGUGCUCGAAAUCUAUGCCUAAUUUUACUAAUAUUGUUUCUACAUUAAGGAUCAGUGAUAAAAUAAUGUUAUAAAAUGAGUGACAAUAUAAAAGUAGUUGUCAAAGUUAGACCUCUAAUUAUACGUGAAAUUGAAGGCAAACUUUCGUACCGGUGGCGGGUGAAGAAUAACACGCUGUACCAGCUCGAUCAAAAUGGGAAGGACAAUGGUCAAUACUACACAUUUGACCGAGUGUAUGACCAGGAUACGAAGACUUCGGUUGUAUAUGAUGAGAUCGCGAAGCCUAUCGUCGAAGCCGCAACGGCUGGUUUCAACGGCACAAUAUUUGCUUAUGGACAGACGUCUUCAGGCAAAACAUUUACAAUGACAGGCACAGAUGACUCGCCUGGAAUCAUUCCGUUAGCUGUUCUUAAUUUAUUUGAUAUCAUCAGAAAUGUGCCUGAUCGGGACUUCUUAGUUAGAGCGUCAUACAUAGAGAUCUACAAUGAAACUGUUAGAGAUUUACUGAAUAUUGAAAAAGAAAACAUAAAAAUUCAUGACACAAUUGAAGGUAUUAUCAAAGUGGAUGUAACGGAAAAAGUGACAUCUACUCCUGAAGAAAUAAUGGAAGUAAUGAGAGAGGGUGAAGCAAAUAGGCAAAAGGGAGCUACGAAAAUGAACGAAGAAAGUAGCAGAUCACAUUCCAUAUUCCAAAUAAUCAUAGAAUCUCGGAAGCAUAUCGAAGGUGAGGAAGAACCUGGCUGCGUGAACGUGUCGCAGCUGAACUUGGUGGACCUCGCGGGGUCAGAGCGAAGUGGCCAGACUGGUGCCACCGGCAUCCGACUUAAGGAGGGCACGCAUAUCAAUAAGUCACUCUCAGCCCUCGCUCUAGUCAUCAAACAACUGUCUGAAGAUAACAAGUUCACAAACUACCGUGACAGCAAACUGACUCGUAUACUACAGAACUCAUUGGGUGGAAAUGCGAAAACCAGUAUCAUUUGUGCAGUAACACCGGCGGCAGUCGAAGAAACUCUUUCUACUUUACAAUUCGCAAAUCGAGCUAAAGCUAUAAAGAAUAAUCCAGAGGUGAAUGCAGUGGUCACUACCGACAAUACCAUGAUACAGCGGCUUACAAAGCAGAUGUGUAAACUACAGGCCCAGUUGGAGAGCAAGAAGAAUUUAGAGAAUGACAACUACAAAUUACAAAGCAAGAUUGCAAAGUUGCAGAAGCUCAUUUUAAAUGGGUUCGCACAGCGACAGAGUACAGAUAUCAUGACUGGUACCCGUCGCAAACUGCAACAACCGAGAAGGAUAACCAUAUCUACGUAUUCUCUACCUGAUGAUGAACCAGUCAGCAACAUACCCAAGUUCUGCACUCCUAGUUUGAAGUACAACCCCAGUUUGAUCCUGAAGUCGACGGAUUUUCUGCCCUUGGCUACGGACAAGCUGCCCCCAGUACCCGAGGAGCCGCCCCGUCUCAUCACUCCGCCUCCUGCCAAAACUGUCUUCUUCAAUGAGGUUAUUGAACUUGACAGCGAUGACGACUCGACGCAGGAAGACGUCCAAACUUGUUCACCAAUCCAUAAAUGUUACGCUGCAACAAAAACACCUCCUUGUAUACUUAGGAGGAAUGCCAAAGAGGCUGAAAAGAACCUUAAGGGUAUUAUGGAACUAACUGAAAGAGAAAAAAUGUAUUCUCCUAAUGUGGUUGAAUAUAUAGAAAAAUUAGAGCGUAACGCAACUGUGAUAGCGAAAUUGCAAGACCAAAUUGAUAUACUCAGUAAACAGAGCCUAGCCAAAGACUCGGAAAUGGAAAAUAUGAAAAGCCAAAUCAAAAAGACUGAGGAAGACAUCAAAAUUCUAACCUCGGCAAAGAACGAUUUGUCGUCACAAUGUGAGUACUACAAUACUAGACUGACAGACGCCGAGGUGAGUUACGAGACUCUGAGAAACAAAGCAAAAUUGAGAGAGGAAGAACUGCUCUCUCUACUUGAAGAAAUGACGGCCAAGAAUAAGAAACCAGAUGAUAUUGGCAAAGUGUUAUCUCGCACUUUAGACAAGGAGAUUCACUUUAUGGACAUUUCGAAAGACAUAUCCCUCGUCAACAGCGACAGUGAUAGUAUUGUCAACACGAAUGAUGAUGAGACCGACCAAAUCAGCGAAUUAGUAGCCGACUCAAAUUCACAACUAAAUACUAAGAGCAAAAAUAUUAUCGAGCUAGAAGCCAACAUAUUCGCACACCAACAAAAAAUAUCCACCUUAGAAAAUCUUAACAAAAAUCUUCAUGAAGAAAUACAGACAUUCAAAGAGAAACUCACAUAUAUGGAAAAUGAGAACUCCAUUCUGAAAUCUACAAUUGAUACGUUGAAUUCAACCGUAAAGGGUCAAAAAGAAAAUUUGGAAACGGCUAACAACGACAUAGAAUCAUAUAACGCUCUCAUACAAGAAUUACAAAUUAAAGUAUCUCAAAAGGAACAUAUUGAAAGCCUACCAACUGUCGAAAUCAAUGAUAGUACAUUAGAAGCCAUGAUUGCUAAUGAAGAGCAGUUUAUCGCCAAUAACGAGAACAUGCGAAACAUUAUUAAUUCCCUUAAAAUUGCUCUUGAAACCAGAAACAAAGAAAUUGAUAGAUUAAGAUCCACUAUGGAAACCAAUGGAGAUGUAGCACUAGAAAAUUUAACCCUUACCAAAGAAAUAGAGUCGAAAACAAAAGAAAUAGAUGACCUCAACAAGCAAGUUAAUGAAAACAUUAGCAGUAUUAACAAAUUGAGAUACGAAAAUAAUAUUCUCAAAGUGGUCGAACAUGAACAUUCGGAAAAAAUCUCUAUCUUUGAGCAUAAAACGAGCGAACUUGAAAAGGUUAACAGAGAAAAUGAGAUUUCCAUACAAAGACUACAAGAAGAGAAUAACAGUCUCACUCAGUCUAUUGCAAAUAAAAAUGUGACGGAAAAGGAGUUAUCUGAGAUCAAUACACAAUUGUUGCAAACUAUUGAAGACAUGAAAAACAAUAUUGUUCAAUUGGAGUCGGAAAUAAGCGAGAAAAAGGGUAUUAUAUCUUCCCUAAAUAAUAAAGAAGCAGAAUCUAAGGAAAACUUGCUUAGUGCCAAAACGGCUGUCCUUAAAUUACAAGUGAUACUGGGCACACUAACCGGCAACUUCCAAGAGGUGCCGCAAAUAAUAGACAACUUCAUUAAUGUUUUUAGUGUUCUAACAAACAGCAUGGACACUUUAGAAAACGUUGCCAGUGAUGUUGUCAAACAAAAAGAAGACGCUAUAAAGAAUAACGCGAACCUAAAAGCCACAUUCGAAGAAUUAACCUCUAAACACAAUUCUGAAAUAUCCGCACUUCAAGAACAAAUACAAAACUUUAAGGACAAGGAAAGCGACGAAAGUCGAGAGAUAAUUAAAUUGUCAACAAAAAUCAGCGAAUUGUACUACGAACUUGAAAAAACACAAAAAGAACUACUUUGCAAAAUGUCAGAGAUUGAAAAUCUAAAAGUUAGUCUCAAUCAAAAUGCAGAAGCCUUAGAAACGUGUAAGAAACAAAUUGCUGAUUUAAAUGCAGAAAAAGAAAAGUUAGACCAUGCCUUAUCUGAAAAGAAAAGUAUUACAGAUGAUCUUAUUGCCCAGUUAGAAGGAAAAGAGUUGGAGCUACAAGGCAAGAUUUCCGAAAUGAUCGUUGUUGAAGAACAAAUUAAAAAUUCACAACAAGAACGAGAAGAAUUGAUGAGUAGUCUGUUUAAAAAAAUAUCAGAAUUUGCAAUUCAUUUUAAUAUCCAAAACGAUUUAUGCGGCGAUGUCGAUAGUGACUGCAAAGCUAUGUACCACCGUAUUCUGUCCACGUUAGACAACAUAGGAAAUCACAUCACAUUUAUCAGCAUGAAAAAUGUUGAUGUAGAAAAUAAGCAAACUAACGAGUUACUAUUAGAGGCGAAGAAAGAAAUUGUUGAGCUCACACAAAAUAAACUUGAGCUCAUUGAACACCUAACUGAAGCUAGAAGAAAACACGAUGAAAUGUGUCUUGAGCUGCAGACAAUUCAAGAAAACAAUAAACAACUAAAUAAAGAUUUGUCAAUGAGUCAAAAUAUCCUGACAUCUCUACAAUCAGAGCUUACGACGAAAUCUAAGGAAUUAUCGACAAUGGAGACGAAAGUAAAAACAUGGAAAGAACAGUUUGAAAAUCUUGAUUCUAUAAUGAAACAACAAAUGGACGAAUUAAAAGUAGAAAAUGAAAAGCUUAAAUCUCGCCUUGCAGGCAAUAGACGCAAGUCUGCAUCGCAUUCAGUUGUAACUUACGAACACAAAGAUUCCUACGGCAUUGAUAAAAUGGAUACUGUGCGUAGUGAUAUAUCUUCACCACCGAGCUUGCUUACGUUAUGCUGCAAUGCCUUUGUAGACACCUCACUACCUAAAAAGAUGGAGUCUGAAACUACGACUGUUAGUGCUAAUGUCUCGGAUAUCUCCAAUAAAACUUACACAGUAAGCAAUCCGUGUAAGUGUAAACAACUUACUUCGGAACUUGAAGCCGUUAGACAAGAGAACUCUAAAACCCUCGACCUUCUAGAGCAACUGGAAGCUGUGAACCAGCACCUUAUUCAAGAACAAGAAGAAGUACGUCGGGAAGUCGAACUGUUGGUUGCACCUGCGCAAGAAUUACAAAAGCAAAUACUUAAUCAUAAAACAAAUAUAUCGAUCCUAACAGCUACAACAUACGCUGAAAAUAGAUCUUUAGAAUUUCAAGUGAAGGCUUUACAACAUCACCAUAGUCGCUUCCACAAUGUGUGCCAAAGGGACAUUCCUGAACUAAGCAGGCAGCUUCGCAAACUGCUUACCUUGUUGAAAGGAGAUCCUUCCCUUGUUGACCAACAAAACGCCAGUUUUAAGAGAUAUUCACUCCCAGAUGUAUUAGACAGUAGUACGGCACUGACAAACUUUAAAAACGAAUCUACUUUAGACGGAGAUCUUUUGAUGCUAGACACUAACAUAACAAUGACAACCGUAGAUAAUACAUUGAUUGGACAUGAUCAGACUUGUUUAGAUUUAAAUCAGUCCUACAAAGAAGUGUCACCUCGAUCAAACGAAUUAGAUAAAACAGUCGAACAAAGCAUGCGUGUUGUUAAUCAUGAUCAUCAAGCUAUAUUGGAGAGUUAUAAUAUUUUACAAGAGGAGAAUGAAAAACUCCGGAAUUUAAUCAAGCAGUACAACGAAACUAAACAGUCGAUGACUGAUGCACAAACUAGUCCUUGUAAAUCUGAGAAUCAAGAUAUGGUUUCAAACAAUGAUGGUAUUAAUGUUCUUUAUAUGUGCGAACAAUGUAAGAAGUCAAAUGACUCUCAACACUUGCACGAAACGUCAAGUGACGAACUGAAAUUACUUACUAAUGAAUUAUUGCACGUUAGAAAUGAAAAGGCCGAAAUCGAACUGAAAUAUAAUAAUUUGAUACUAGAAAUACCCUCCACCGAUGUUCUAAUCAAGAAAUUGAAUGACUUAGAAAAAGAUUUUAAUAUGAAAAAUAUUGAAUUCGAUAAACUUAGUAAAUCACUUAAUAUGAAGGCUGAACAACUUAAAAACUUACAAGAAGAAAACGAUUCAUUAUCGACACAAGUAAUGGAAAAUAUUUCUGAAGCAGAAAACUUAGAAAAAGAAUUGCAGAGUACGAAAAUGCUAAACAGUGAGCUCUUGGAAAAAUGUAACAAGUUAGAACAAUCAUUGAAAGAACUAGGUAGUAGUCAAUCAUCUGAGUAUACAAUUUGUUCAGAGUGCUUAGCUAAGGAUGACCAGAUAAAAGCAAUGGAAGCGAAAAUUGCAAAUUCUCAUAGCAAACUAAACAGAAGUCUGAGCGACUCUGACACUUCAUCUAGGUAUAAUAAAAUAUGCACAUUGCAAAGUGAAUUGCAUGCUGGUAGAGAAGACUGCAAAGAGAUAACUGAAGAUGUCGCCACGAUUAAAAAUCAUUUGGACCGUAGUAAUAUCGUAAUGGAUUUCGAUGACAGCAUGGGAGAUUCCAAUACGUAUUUGUUGAGUAAAGACUUUUUCAUGAACAGUCCUCAAUCGAGAAAAUGUAGCAUGCCAGAUAUUCCAGAAGAACAACCAUCAGAUAUUUACGUAAUGGAGAAAUUAGACUGUUUAAAUUACUACGCUGAAAAGACUGGAGUUAACAGAGAUAAUGUCAACAAAAAUAUCAAAAUAAUCGAUCUUAUGAAAACAUUUUAUGAACACUUCAUAAUUAAACAUACUAAUGAAGUGGAGAACUUGACAAAUAAAUUAAAAGAUUAUGAUGAAAACACAGGUCAAUUGGAAAUUCAAAUUGCUUACUUAAAGGAGAAACAUUCGCAAUUGCUCUUGGAAUUCGAACAUAAAGAUCAAAAUUAUAACACUUUCGUUACGGCCAUUGCGAAAAUAAAAGCUAACAUAGAAUUUCUAAACCAACAAGUUAUUGACGUUACUAAUGUUGACUCUACGAAAUUGGUCACUGUGUAUAAAGAUUUCUUUAAAGUUUUAGACAACGAAUUAGGGUUAUCCAGUUCCAAAAUGAUCGAAACACUUAAUGAUAAAAUAGUUGAUAAGCAACAAAGUGAAUUGAACGCAAUGACGGAACGCUACACACUAUUACAGGUAAAGAUGGAGAGUCUCACUGAGGAAUUGAGUUCAGUAAAUACCUGCUUUAAUCAGGCCAAGGAUCAGUUAUCUGCACAAACACUUGAAUACAAUACUCUUAAAGCUAAGUACGAAAGAAUCCAAGAAAUUUCCAAGGCUGUCACCUUAGAUAUAAUCACUAGAGAGAAAGAUUUGAACAAAACUAUUAGUCAUUGUUGUCAAAAACUUUCAAAUCUAAACAUAAUAAAUGCUACUGACAUUAAUUGGGAAGCGUCACCUUGUGGUAAUAUUAACCUGAUAUUUGAUUAUGUCAUAAACCAAUAUAGAAAUAAGAAUAAUACUGACAACGAGAAGGAAAAUCUUACUCAAGACUUAAACAAACUAAGACAAGUUUUGGAAGAGAGAGAAAAGGAAUUACAAGAUUUUAAAGCCCGCAAUGAGCGUAUGCAAGAAAUUAAUGCCGGCAUUACUAUGGAUUUGGUGGAAAAGGAGAAGAAAGUGCAGGCUCUGACUUCAUUGCAUGAAGAAAAUAAAGUGCAUGUUGAUGCCAUUAACAAAAUGUCAGAGGAAAUUAAACAACUAAAGCACACCAUCUCUAUGAAAGAACAAUUCAUUGAAAAACUCGAAAUUGAAAUAGAUAUAGAAAGAGAAAACAGUAACAAAGAAAUGGUUAAACUAAUAGAAACAGUAAAAGGAUUACAAAAUGAUCUGAAUCACUUGAAGUCAUUAAACGAAGUUAUAAGUCAAGAGAAGGAUUCCUAUGCUAUGGAAUUGUUGAAAUCUGGUGAAACAUUAAAACAGAACAAUGUUGAAAUGGAGAAGAUGACCUCUGAUAUCCUAGUGCUUAGAGAGUCGGUUCGAGAAAAUGGUAUUAUAAUAGAGAAUAUGAAUAUGGAAGCUAAAAAGUUGUUGAGAGAAAAUAUGGAAUUGAAAGGUCAAUUAGAAGAGAAGUGUAAGGAAUGCUUUAGGCUCGAGACAAAUAUCAAAACUCACGAAAAGACGGCGGAGAUACAAACUAGAAUGAUUAUGAGGUUAGAAAAGCAAAAGAAUGAGGAUGACGUUACGAUUAGCGAAAAGAACAAGCAAGUAGAGGAACUGCGAGAGAAGUGUGCUGUACUACAAAAACAAUGUGAAGUCCUGCCAAAUGACGUCACCGGUGAAAUAGAACAGUUGAAGAAGGAGAAGGAAACUUUAGAGGCUCGUCUGACGAAAAUGGAAGCACUUUUGGAAAUGAAGUCCCGACCAUCUAUAGACGCUCUCACUGACUCUGCAAGACGCCGUCGACAGAGCCUGCACGAUUCCAAGCGGUUACUUAGUGACAAUAAACACGAAUUUGGAGAUCACUAUGUUGAAACCUUAUUUGAAUCUCGUGCUAAGCCUGAUGACCUGUUCCCUGACAUCUGUGAUGACAUGUCGAAUAGAAGCAGCCCCAUUGUUCUGAGAAAUAGUAGAGGCCGUGACAGCAGCUCCUUUACGCGAACUGAUCAGGAGGAAGAAUCCGGAUCGCGCCCUAGCAGCGUGUUGGCAACGCGACGCCGACGACAGAGCUUGCACGAUCUUCACCGGACAUCGCUACGACACACGCCCUCGCCACACGGUAUGGAUGUCUCGAACAGAUUAAUCGAUGAUCUCAACCAUUCGAAACCAUCUGAUGCUUCUGGAGAUGUUCUAAGUGAAGCAGCUCAACUAAGGGAACGCCUUGCCUCAUGCCAGCAAGAGUUGGAGGAGCUAAAGGAGAAGUACAGAGAGCUGGACGAUGAAUGCGAGACUUGUGCACAGUAUCUGCAGGAGAGGGACCAGCAGUGUGCUAGGCUGAAGAAGGAGAAGGCUGCUUUACAGACAACGGUGUCAGAACUCAAAGAAAGGUUACAGUCAUGGAACCCCAAUCAGAGUCAACAGAUCGCAUCGAAGACAACUGUGGCCCAUGUUGGCGUUAAUACUGAUGAAGAUUGGACCAAUUUACACUCAGUAGUCGUGGAUCGCAUGUCGUUCGACGUCGAAGUGGAAAAGAACAAGAAACUGACUAAAACCAUUGAAGAGUUGCGUUUCAAGAAACAAGACCUUAAGAAUACGCUCGCUAAGAUGCAGAAGGCUUUGGAGAAGAAUACUAGCAACAGGGAACUAGAGUCAACCAGACACGAGCUUCAAGCGUGUAAACAGGAACUGAUGCAGCUGCGACAGAAGUACAAAGAGCUGGAUGAUGAAUGCGAGACCUGCGCUCAGUACCUACGGGAGAAGGAGGAACAGUGCCGCAGAUUGAAGGAGGCUAAAAACACGUUAGAGGCAAAACUACAAGAAUUCCAAGGCGAUAUCAACGCUAGGGUUCAUUCCACGCGCAAGAAGCGACAAAGUCUUCACGACCAGAACCGAUCGUCAACUAUAGAUUUCAAAGACGCUUCAACGGAGACUUGUGAUGAUUUAUUAAGUUACCAAGUAGAGCGCGACGGAAGUGAGCGUCAUUUAUCAGAAAAUAUGCAAGCAAAGGAAAUCAAACGUUUGAAAUCGGCUCUUGAGAACUUGACGCAGCAGAAAGCAAUAUUGGAGCAACAGUUAGGGAGUAUAUCGGGGCUGCAACACGCCGCGCAAUCCGCCAUAUACGUCGCCACCGGGAGUGCCAUCGUACAGAACCAACAACUAACAGAUGUGAUAAAAGAGAACCAAAAACUGAAGAAAAUCAAUGCAAAACUGAUCAACAUUUGCAAGAAGAGGGGCAAAGACUCCAACAGAGAAAACGUAGACCCGGCCGAUCAGGGCUGAGCCAUGAGUGUUCAUAUUUGUUACAAAUCUUUAGAAUCAUGACGUUAAUGACAAUAAUCGCGAUAAGCUGGACUUGAUUGCGUUAUACUCUCGUGAUAGUGAAAUGUGUGAAUAUAAUAAAAUAUAAAUUAAUUGAUUUGUGGUUAGUGCUGAUUUUUCAAUAGUCAGAUAAAUGUUAUCUGAGGAAUAAAAUUGUUGCUGUCACUGCCUUAUACAAACAUUUUGACGCAACAGCAUCAUAAUUAUUCCCCAAGUAACUUUUAUCUAACCCAUGAAAAAUUAGCCCCUAAUAACGAAGUUCGGAAACUUAACCUGCUUUUUAUAUACGUAUUUUUCAAUAUUUACACUGGAAUGAGGAUUCAAGUUUUGACUGAACGUUUAUCCGCCCUAUAAAGAGUAUAUAUUUGCGACAAAGUCGCACUUCAUUAUGCACGCGUGGCGAUGCGGAUAAAUUCAUCAAAUGUUAUUAUCACUAUAAGAACUAAAAUUAACUAUUAAAAUCCAGACUGAACGAAUCUACGACAUUCCUAAAG